GGAAGUGAAGUUAGCGUUUAACGUUUAACCUGGUUUAACCUCAAAAAUUAAUUUAUUUUAAUAAUGUUCCCAACGAAAUAUUUAAAACUCCAACUAUUAAUAAAUCGUAACAAAUUAAUUAGAAUAAACCGAAAAAUACAUCAAAUCAAUUUAAAUCAGUGCCGGUUACCUAUAGCAACCGCAACUACGAGUUUGUUAAAUCGAAAAAAUCAAACCUUAAAAUGUGAAAAUUUACAAAAAAAAAUCUCAACUGAAAAUGAAUCGCUUGAUUCGAUUCAUUUUGAGAAAGUUUGCGAGGAAACUUUAGAAUCGUUGACGGAAUACUUUGAGGAACUAAUUGAGAAUGCCAAACAUUUAAACGAAGCUGAUGUUUCUUACAGUAGUGGGGUGCUCACCGUAGAUUUUGGAUUGCCUUAUGGGAUUUAUGUGAUUAAUCGGCAAAGUCCUAACAAGCAAAUUUGGCUGAGUUCACCAACGUCUGGUCCGAAAAGAUACAAUUUUGUAUCGGAAGAAAAUUGUUGGGUUUAUAAACACGACGGAGUCAGUUUGCAUCAAUUAUUACAAGAGGAAAUAACUAAAAUUGUUGGGGCUGAAGUUGAUUUUAAUAAAUGUACUUUUAGUAAAGUUUAAUUAACAUAUUUUAUUAU